UUUUCUUUAGAGCACAGGCUGUCAUGGGGGAAAUAGUGUCUUUGUCUUGACUAAUCCCCAACAUGAAGGUUGCUUGGGGAAUGCUUACUUGUUGUUGUAUUGGACUGUUUUUUUCUGGUGUCCUGUGUUCCCCCAGUUCCAGAGAUGAAGGGAGCUCUCAGCCAUUACUGGUAUCAGAAGGGGAAGCCUCUGAACCACUUCCAAUGUUGCUGUUUCCCCCAGAUGCAAAAAAUGGCUAUGCUGUGCUGCCUCCUCUUUUCAAAGUGCUGACUGGUCACAGUCAUCAGGAAAGGAAUGAUGGUGCUCCCAGACCACAACCGGAUUCCAGAGCUCUGAGAUACAUGAAAAAGCUGUAUAAGACGUUUGCAACCAAGGAAGGAAUCCCGAAGGCUAACAAAAGUCAUCUCUACAAUACAGUCCGGCUCUUCACUCCACAUGCUGAGUGCAAGCACCAUGCUGAAGGCCAAGUGAAAGGAGACCUUCACUCAGUGGAUCUUCUUUUCAACUUAGAUUGUGUCACUGCUUUAGAGCACUUAUUCAAGUCAGUCUUGCUUUAUUCGUUGGAUAAGUCAGUUUCUAAAUCAUCAGCCGUUACAUGCACAUGCAUUCUAGUUGUUAAGGAACAUGAUUCCUCCAAUCAAGUGUGCUCCAGCAUUCCACAUACAAUAACUAUUGAACUCAGACGGAGGUGGGUUGAGAUUGAUGUCACUACUUUUCUAAAGCCUCUGAUAGCCUCAAACAAGAGAAGCAUUCAUAUAGCUGUGAAUUUCACUUGCCUGAAAGAUAACAAGCCCCUUGACUCUAAAUGGGAUUUCUUUAAUAUGGCUUUGGUAUCACCUUCUCUUCUUCUGUAUCUCAAUGACACCAGUGAGCAAGCUUACCAUAGGAGGGAUAUGAAUCCUACAAGGUCUGGUUUGAAAAACAGCCCUCUCAUGGGUCCCAAUGAACAGGCAGGAAAAGAACCCAUGCAGGAUGAAAGAGCAUCUCGUCAUCGAAGAGAUGAAGAUGGAAAAGUGGAACAUUCAUCUGUUCCACCAUAUAAUUUAAGCCACUUCUACCAACAGUUUCUCUUCCCCCAAAAUGAGUGUGAGCUUCAAAACUUUUGGCUGAAGUUCAGCCAGCUGAAAUGGGACCGAUGGAUAAUUGCCCCACAUGGAUACAAUCCUCACUAUUGCAAGGGUGACUGUCCAAGAGUGGUUGGGCACCGCUAUGGCUCUCCUGUCCACACAAUGGUCCAGAACAUCAUCUAUGAAAAGCUGGAUUCCUCUGUCCCCAGACCAUCCUGCGUUCCUGCUGAAUACAGCCCUCUGAGUAUCUUGAAGUUAGAGAGUGACAGAUCAGUUGCCUACAAAGAAUAUGAAAAUAUGAUAGCUACAAAAUGCACCUGUCGUUAAAAUCAAUCCUGGUUUACUUAUGCUUGUAUUUCUGUAUUUUUUCAACCUUACAAGAAAGUUAUCCUUCUGAAGACGUAGCAUGGAGUACUGUGGCAGGUAUUUCCUUGAUAGCAGUUAUUUUUGUUAGCCCCUUCUGGUUUACAGAAGACUAAAUGUGAAGUUGGGUAUAAGAAACUUCUUGUUUCUAUCCAAACGGAAUUUUUUUUUUUGCUGAAUUGUGAAGUGUUUUGGUUAAAAGAGUCCUUUGCUUCUCUAAGUAGCACAUAGGAGAAAUGAAUACCUGUCCUUCCAUGCCAUCUUUUGUGUAGUUCUUAAUUUAAUCUUUCCUAUGUUAAAAUAUUUUAAAAGAAAACAUUUUAUGACAAGUGACAAAAGGUUUUAUUUUAUGACAAAAGGUUUUACUAUUGCUGACUUAUCAAUCACUUCCUUUUAUGUGUACUUUUAGUGGUUGAAACUGGUUGUCUGAGACAACUCUAGUCCUUUAUUAUGAUGACUCCCAGAUGUAAAAAUUUUAAAGCAAUGGAUAACCUUUUGUCUGUCUCUGAAGGCUCUUACAAAAGAAUAUCUUGUAGAAAACAAAUCCUGGUUGUAUGUCUAGAACUAUGUAUUUGUGGGAAGUAACUUGUUAAGUAGACAUCACAUGUUUUAAAAUACUAAGAUAUAAAAGCAUUUAUGUACAAUAUGCCUAUGAGCUGCAUGUAGGUCAUUGCAUCCAUUCACAUAUGUAGUAACCUUAAAUGGGAAACCAUAAAUACCUGUAGUUUUCUAUAUAUAGCACAUAUAGGAUUUCAUGCAGGUUUCUUGCAUUAACUUUGACACUGCAUUAAGUUUGAUCUGAACUAUCUUCACACAGAUUCUCCAUAAUGUAAAAAAGCAUUCCACUAUUCCAGGGACUGAAUGAGAAAAUGGCAGUUAUGAGCCUAUACCGGACUGGUUUUAUGAGCGUUAUCAGAUUUGGCAUUCUGUAAUUUUUAAACCCUUGCUAUUGGCUUAUGAACAGGAAUUAUCAUUAAGCUAAAUAUAAAUGGUCAUGAAGAAACGUUCUAUGUUAACUGUUUAAUACAUGUAAGUCAAAAGUGUUCUGUAGUGAUCAGCUAGCUUAAAGCAUUUUAAUGUUCCUGUUGCUGAACUGAAAUGCCAUCUGAGAGUAUUUAUAAACCUAAACACUUGUUGGAAAUAAAUAUGAAGCAGCUA